UGUCCUCUUCCUCUCUUCGCCUUCUCUCUCUCUCUCUCUCUCCCUCUCUCUCUCAGUCUCUUGGGAACUUUGUGUGUAGGUUCCUGGCAUUCACGCCGGAUGGCAGCGAAGGAGGAGGAGGUGGCAGCUGGCCUUGACUGUGCGACGAGAACAUUGUGAUGGUUUAAAGGCGAAAGAGCGAGGGGAAGGAGAGCGGAUCGCGCCGCGACCUGGAAAAGGGGUGGGGUGGGGAAAGGGGGAAAGAAAUCCACCAAACAAUCCAAACAAGAACCCUCCGCCCGCAAGGAAAGGAGCAGAAGCGCCCAAAAGAGGGGGAGAGAGAGGGGGGGAGAAGAAGAAGGACUACCUUUGCGGAUGAGUAAAGGAUGGGUUUCCAUGUAAUUAAGCUGCUGAGAGGCAUGAGUGCGGUGUUCGUGCUCCUUCCCACCGUGCUGUUUGUGACGCUGACAGGGGCUCAGCGAGCUUGCCCCAAGAACUGCAGAUGUGAUGGGAAAAUUGUGUACUGUGAGUCUCAUGCGUUCAGAGACAUUCCUCAGAACAUUUCUGGAGGGUCACAAGGCUUGUCAUUACGCUACAACAGCAUCCAGAAGCUUAAGCCGAAUCAGUUUGCCGGCCUUCACCAGCUCAUAUGGCUAUAUCUCGACCAUAAUUACAUCAGUUACGUUGAUGAGGAUGCCUUCCAGGGCAUUCGUCGGCUGAAAGAGUUAAUUCUCAGCUCCAACAAGAUCACCCAUCUGAGUAACAAGACAUUUCACCCAGUCCCCAACCUCCGUAAUCUGGAUCUGUCGUACAACAAGCUGCAGGCGCUGCAAUCCGAGCAGUUUAAAGGCCUUCGCAAGCUCCUGAUCUUGCAUUUACGGUCAAACUCCCUGAAAACGGUCCCGAUUCGAGUUUUCCAAGAUUGCCGCAAUCUCGAUUUCCUGGAUUUGGGCUACAACCGGCUACGGAGUUUAUCCCGCAAUGCCUUUGCCGGCCUCUUGAAGCUAACAGAACUCCACCUGGAGCACAACCAGUUUUCUAAGAUCAACUUUGCUCAUUUCCCACGUCUCUUCAACCUCCGCUCCAUCUACUUGCAAUGGAAUAAGAUCCGGUCCAUUAGCCAGGGGUUGACAUGGACCUGGAGUUCUUUGCAUACCUUGGAUUUAUCGGGGAACGACAUCACGGGGAUUGAGCCUGGGACGUUCCAAUGCCUGCCUAACUUGCAGAAGCUCAACUUGGAUUCCAACAAACUCACCAACGUCUCGCAGGAGACUGUCAAUGCCUGGAUUUCUUUAAUUUCCAUCACCCUUUCUGGAAACAUGUGGGAAUGUACUCGAAGCAUUUGUCCUCUGUAUAACUGGCUUAAAAACUUCAAGGGAAACAAGGAAAGUACCAUGAUCUGUGCAGGCCCUAAACAUAUCCAGGGCGAAAAGGUGAGUGACGCUGUAGAGACCUACAACGUUUGCGCCGAGAUUCCCGUUGUGGUCACUGAGAAGCCCUACCAGGCGCCUAAAACUCAGCAGAGACCCAUUUUUAUCCCAAAACCUACUCUGCCCAAACUGGAAGACUAUCAGCCAACCUCUUUUACACCGAGCCCUUCUCCAGAGUACCCAACAUCUGGACCGGAACCAGAAUAUGAGCACGUGUCCUUUCACAAGAUCAUUGCUGGAAGUGUGGCCCUCUUUCUUUCGGUGGCUAUGAUUCUGUUGGUCAUCUAUGUCUCAUGGAAGCACUAUCCGGCCAGCAUGAAACAGCUCCAGCAGCACUCUCUCAUGAAGAGGCGUCGGAAAAAAGCUCGAGAGAGUGAAAGGCAAAUGAACUCCCCUUUACAGGAGUAUUAUGUGGACUACAAACCAACAAAUUCUGAGACCAUGGAUGUAUCGGUUAACGGAUCUGGGCCCUGCACGUAUACCAUUUCAGGCUCCAGGGAAUGCGAGGUAUGAACCAUGAUCCUCCUAAAUCCCUUUCUGCUGCUGGGAAGGCGAGCUCUCCGGAGAAGUCCUGUUUCAAAAAGGAAUUAUCAUGGAUGAUGGUGCAGUGAAUAAGGU